CAAAGUUUUAUGACCCAAGCGGAUCUGAAUGAGGCCACAAAAUUGCAAAAACGUCAACAGUUCGAGGAGGAGCGUAAGCAGAGGAUAUUCAAUGCCAAGCAACGACUGUAUGGGAUCGAUGUUCCCACAAUCGAACGUCAAAUAGCCGAAAAGCAUAAAAUCCGCCAAUUGGAAGCGGAGCGAGAACGCCGCCAUGAGGAACAAACGGAAAUGAUGCAAAAACUGAUUCAUGCCAAAGAAUUGGAAAUGGAGAAACGAAAACGUUUGAUGGAAAGUGAUUUGAAUUUUUAUCGUUGUCGUUUUCAAACCAAAGAGCAGCGACGCGAAUUCGAUCUCAAUGAUCCGGAGGGUGUGAAAAAAUCCAAACCGGUUCGCAAUGCUGAUGAUGAUGACAUCCGGCUGGGCAUUUCAAGUGCCCAAAUAUUUCGCGGUGAAGAUUUGGGUCACCGUGAACGACAACGUAGACAGCGGGAACAACAGCGUGCCUGGUUGGAUCAACAAAUUGCCGAACGUAAACAGGCUGAAAAUGCCCGGCGGCAGGCAGAUCGUAUCCUAGAGGAAUCCCUACACUCGCGCGACCAACGUCUUGAGGAUAUGGCCAAAUCGGAAAAGAAAAUACGCAAUCAAAUGCUCGAUUCCGUGCAACAAUAUAACAACGAAUUGGCGAGGCGCAAACGAGAAGAACGCCAGCGUAAAGAACGUGAAACUCACGAGGAUAAUCUAGCGGAAAUUUAUAAUAUGCUAACAUCCGAUAUGCUUACGGAAAAUACAAAUGUUGCCCAGUCUCGCACACAUCCGAAUAAGAAAAUUGCCUUUAUGUAUCGUGGCAUGACAGCGGAAGAGCUGCAAGAUUUUCGCCGUGAUCAGCAACAACAGGUGGCGGAACGUAAAAAACAUGAUUGGGAACAACAGCUAAUGGACAAACAAUGGCAACAAUAUUCCCUGAAUGUGGAUCGUGAGCUGCAGUUAAAAGAUCGAGAAAUGGCCAAGAAGAGACAGCAGGAAUAUGAGCGAAUGUUGGAGGAAAAUGAUCGUUUGGCAAGGCAGCAAAAGUUGCAAAAGGAUCUGCAGGACAAGGAGAUGCAAGUGAAUUGUGUUACGCAGGAGUUUUAUGAUAAAUUUAAUACAACAACACGUUAA